AUGGUAUCCGGAGCGUACAAAUCUGAGUUCGGAGAGACUAGCGAGAUGGCUCAGGUGAUGGACCGUGUGAAGGCAUUCGCAGCAAAGGAAGGACGUCAGCCCCGUAUCAUGGUAGCCAAGAUGGGUCAGGAUGGACACGAUCGUGGAGCGAAAGUUGUUGCCACUGGAUUCGCUGACCUUGGCUUUGACGUCGAUGUUGGACCACUGUUCCAAACCCCCGCGGAAGCCGCGCAACAAGCCGUCGAUGCUGAUGUGCAUGUGAUUGGCGCUAGCAGUUUGGCCGCUGGACACUUGACUCUUGUGCCAGAACUCGUCAAGGAACUUAAGAAACUUGGAAGACCCGAUAUUGUUGUCGUUGUCGGAGGUGUGAUUCCACCACAGGAUUAUGAUGCAUUGUACAAGGCUGGAGCUUCCCUUAUCUUCGGCCCUGGAACAAGGCUACCAAGCUGUGCUAUGCAGGUUAGUGCGACCUAUAGCAUUAUGUCGCUGUUUUAA